AUGCCGGAGAAAGGAAACUUGGACUCCACCGCCAAGGGUACUCAUGAAGGAGGGGGAGUGUGCAACAACCCCGAGGGGGGUGAGGAGCCUGAGGCGCACAAGAAACGCAAGAAGACGAAAAAGUCUAAGAAGCACCGUCGCAAUCGAGAGAUGGGAGAUGAGGAGAGCCGACGUUCCAAGCGGCGCAAGAUCGAUCGUCAAGAAUCCGGAGUCAACGUCAGAGACUACGAUUCUCGGGAGCUGGCGGCCGAUAAGCUCGCAGAAGAGAAGCAGAGAGAACAGCGACAGCGGUUCAUGUCUAAACUCAACGAGCAACCAACAGGCAGACAGUCAAGUCUUUUCAGGCGGGCUAUGCUGCGCCUCCACCAACAUGGUCCUGGAACUGACCUUCUGGAAGCUUUGGAGAAGACUAUUGACGAGGAGAAUACCUAG